GGAAGAAUGUUGCGGAGCAGGCUCCCCUCUAACCCUGCAGGUCCCUUCCAAUCUGGCACAGGUUUUGCUAUGCCGCAGUGUUUGUACUGACUCUGCUGUCUUGGAGGAGUGAUGGGGAACUAGAGCCCAUGACAGUUCAGUGGAGCCCUUGGCACUUUUGAUAUCUCGACACCUUCAGUUCUCUAAGAGCAAGCCAGUUCCGGGGCAGGACAGCAGCAGGUGGUAGAAUGCGGAAACCAGGCCCUCAGAAAGCCAUAGACUGGAAAGAUGGUAAGAAGCACAAGUACAGCCGCCCGUCAGAGUCUCCCUCCCAGUACCAAGGUCACUUCACCUGGGAGAAAUACCUGAAAGAGACAUGUGCCAUCCCAGCUCCUGCCCAUUGCUUCAAGCAGUCAUACACUCCUCCUGCCAACGAGUUCAAGAUCAGUAUGAAGCUGGAAGCCCAGGACCCCCGGAACACCACGUCCACGUGCAUCGCCACCGUGGUGGGGCUGACGGGCGCGCGGCUGCGCCUGCGCCUCGACGGCAGCGACAACAAGAACGACUUCUGGCGCCUGGUGGACUCUGCCGAGAUCCAGCCCAUUGGCAACUGUGAGAAGAAUGGAGGGAUGCUGCAGCCUCCCCUGGGCUUCCGGCUGAAUGCCUCCUCCUGGCCCAUGUUCCUUCUGAAGACUCUGAAUGGAGCAGAGAUGGCUCCUGUCCGGAUUUUUCACAAGGAACCACCAUCUCCAUCCCAAAACUUCUUCAAGACAGGUAUGAAGCUGGAGGCAGUGGACAGGAAGAACCCUCACUUCAUCUGCCCGGCCACCAUUGGGGAGGUGAGAGGUUCUGAGGUCCUCAUAACAUUUGAUGGCUGGAGAGGUGCCUUCGAUUACUGGUGCCGAUAUGAUUCCCGGGACAUCUUUCCCGUAGGCUGGUGCUCGCUGACUGGAGAUAAUCUGCAGCCCCCUGGUACAAAAGUUGUGAUUCCAAAGAGCCCUUUACCUGCCUCCGAAGUAAACUCGGAGAAACCUAGCAUGCACAGUAGCACAAAGACUGUUUUGGGGCAUCAACAAGGGCAAAGGCGUCGCAAAACAGGGAAGAAGCGUGGUCGAACGACCAAAGCGCUAAUCCACCACCCCAUGCCUACACCCUCCAAGUCAGUGGAGCCUUUGAAAUUCCCCAGAAAGAGAGGCCCCAAGCCUGGCAGUAAGAGGAAACCUAGGACAUUGCUGAACCCAGCACCCACCUCUCCAACAACCAGUACCCCAGAGCCAGACACAAGCACUGUGCCCCAGGACGCUGCUACAAUCCCCAGCUCUGCCAUGCAGGCUCCCACAGUUUGCAUUUACUUGAACAAGAACAGCAGCACUGGGCCCCACCUAGACAAGAAGAAAGUUCAGCAGCUGCCAGACCAUUUUGGACCAGCUCGAGCUUCUGUUGUCCUGCAGCAAGCAGUACAGGCCUGCAUUGAUUGUGCUUAUCAUCAGAAAACAGUCUUCUCCUUCUUAAAACAAGGCCACGGGGGAGAGGUCAUCUCAGCUGUGUUUGAUCGGGAACAGCACACUCUGAACCUGCCAGCAGUAAACAGUAUCACCUACGUCCUCCGCUUCCUGGAGAAGCUGUGCCACAAUCUGCGCAGUGACAACCUCUUUGGGAACCAGCCUUUCUCUCAGAACAGCCACAUGCAGCGCUCACACGAGUACGACCACGACAGGUAUCUACCAGACAGAAGCAGUUCGUUAGACGGCUCUCUGCAGGGACCAGGCCGGGGUACAAAGCGCUAUUCCCAAGAUUCCCCUCCAUACACUGCUCCUCUCUCCCCCAAGUUACCAAAGAAUGACCGUCACCCUUUGGAAGGUGAAACCUUUGUCCUGGGAGAUGGCCUCCCAGGGCCCUUGGAGCCUCGCCUGGACCCUAUGGACUCUGCCUUGAACUCUGUCAAUUCCUCCAGCCACAGCAGGAGCUCCAGAGACUGUCGCCUGCCAGGAUACAGGCACCUGCACCAACCCUCGAGCCUCAGCCAGGGCACCUCUGCCCUGCGCAGGCCUAGCUCUGGGGGCUCCGACAGGUACCUGGGCCCCCGGGACGUGUCCCGGCUGAGCGGCCGCGACCCCUCGUCCUGGUCGGUGGAGGAGGUGAUGCAGUUCAUCCGCGAGUCCGACCCGCAGCUGGGCCCCCACGCAGACCUCUUCCGAAAGCACGAGAUCGACGGGAAGGCCCUGCUCCUGCUGCGGAGCGACAUGAUGAUGAAGUACAUGGGGCUGAAGCUGGGGCCAGCCCUGAAGCUCACUUACCACAUCGACAAGCUAAAGCAAGGCAAGUUCUGAGAGGACAUUGGCAGGACAGAUCCUGGAAGCUCCGCUCCUGGCCACCCCCACCCGCGCUCACCUGCCGACAGGUUCGCAUGCACACACCCCAUUUACACCGCAGACAGACAGACAGACGGACACCUCGCUGACAGCCCGGCCCCCCCAGGAGACAGACGGACACCUCGCCGAUAGCCCGGCCCUCCCGGGUCCCGCUGCCCCCGCCCCAGCGGGAGGAGCCCGGCGCAGUUGGGCUUCACGCCAGACUCGAGCCGUGGGCGCCCUGUUGGAAGCAGAGGGUCUCUCCCAGCACUCCUUCGUGGGCUCCUGGUCCUGCUUCCCCGGGAUGGAGCAGCAGCUCUGGGCAGUCCGUGGGGAC